AUGGCCUUUCUCGAUGCCCAAGUUAGAGAGACAAGUGGAUACGAAAUCUACGAUAAGCCAGAGAUCGAAGAAGGUGAGGUGGCUGCCAAUGGAGGUGUCAUCGAAGGCGAUCUUGCCAUGGUGAGCUCGGGAGGAGAUGAAUGUGGUCACGUCAAGGAAAGGGUUCGGUGGGUGUGCGAUGGGCUUACGUUUGCUGUAGAAGACGGAGUUGGAAUUGCAGAAACCGAACUUCGAAUCGAUCACAAGUACGCUUGCCCACGCGCGUAUAGCUACACGUACGAUGACAAAACUAGUACCUACACCUGCGCUUCUACUGAUUAUAUGAUCAUAUUUUGUCUGUCACAUUAUACCAGCACGAGGUUCUGUUGA